AAUAGUCUCUUGAAUACUUUUUUUGUUCAGUGGAGAUCCACUACCAAGAAAAUAGGAAUCUAUGAGCUUGUCACUUCUUUACAUUUUAGUGAACUUCCUCCUUCUUCAGCAAAUGGGUUUUUUUUUCGUUUUACAGGAAGAAAUUGUGUUUAGACAACAGUUUGACUCAAUCAGACACGUUGUUACUUUCAUUUUGAGAUAUACUGCUUAACAUUGCUUUGUUUUUCUAAGUACAGUAGCUCUGGUUUGGAGCUACUAUUAAAGAGACUAAUAAUAUUUUUACAUUCAAUUUAAAACUUUGAAGAGAGGUUUUAGAAGGGAUGACACAAAGCCCCCCAAUAGCUACUGAGACUGAUCAAAGGAAUCGAGGAACUGAUGAAAACGAACAAGGUAUAAGGGACAAGUGUAAGAUGACAACUCACACAUUUAUUUCAAUUGCAUUAUCUUUAAUUAUUAUUCUUCUUCUAAUUAUUGUAUUUGUUUUAGCAUUUAGGAGUACUCAGGAUUCCUGCCCAGAUGAUUGGAUUGGUUUCCGAAACAAAUGCUAUUAUUUCUCUGAAGAAGAAGGGGAUUGGAAUUCAAGUAGACACAACUGUGUCACUCAACGUGCUGACCUAACUGUGAUUGACACUGAGAAAGAAAUGGAAUUUCUUAUACGACACAAAUGCUCUUCUGAUCACUGGAUUGGGCUGGAGAUGACAGAAAAUCAAACAGGACGAUGGGUAAAUGGAACCAUAUUUAACAAAUUGUUUCCUCUGAGAGGAAAUGAAAAAUGUGCUUACCUCGAUGAUGUUGGUGCAGCAACAGCAAGAUGCUACACAGAAAGAAAAUGGAUUUGCAGGAGGAAAAUGCACUAACUUAAUGAUUCUAUUGUGGAAUUGCAACAGGGGUACCAUGUUUUGUAAUUCUCUUUUUCUUUCCCUCUGUAUAAGUUCAUUUUCAACACUUCAAUGCUUUAAUGUUCUAGCCUGAUAAUACAUCUUAGUAAUUGCUAAAAUAA